CUGCGCAUGUGCCACAGGUGCCGCCUUCUUCACUUGGCAAAAAUUGCGACACAAUUGUGGGCGGGUAUACAAUGUGCCUUUUGUUAAUGUUCAACGUUUGCUAAAUGUGUCAUGAGUUGUUCCUGUUCAGUAGGAUAUCCACCUUGCUUACAAUUGUGUCGUCAUUUUUGCCAAGUGAGGAAGGCAGCACAUGCGCAGUUUCUAUCUCAUAAUUUGGACUUUUUAUCUCAUAAUUUCGACGUUUUAUCUCAUAACAUAAUUAUGACUUGAAAACGGGCUGCCAUGGCUACCUGAUGUUGUUUUUUUAUAAUUAUGUAUUGUCCCUUCACUAUUCACAACAACACAAUUAACAAAUUUAAACACCGGGAAAGUUUCGUGUUGGUCGGCCAACAACGUAAAGCCAUGUUGGGAUAGGGAAGUGGGGGCGUGUGUGUGACGUCGGAGCAGCAGCAGUCUCCAUCUAUGUCCAAGAGUCCCCAUGGAUGAUCUGACCCGAGCCCUCUCGACCAGCUUUGCUGUGUCCAAGGAGCCCAACAGCACGGCCGCCCCCCACCCUCGGCUGUCCCAGUACAAGUGCAAGUACAGCGUGCUGGAACAGAGCGAGCGGCGCCGGCGCUUCCUUGAACUGCAGAAAAUCAAAAGGUUAAACUACAUUGAUCAUGUGCGUCGACUGGCCAAUGGCGACUGGACGGGGUCAGACAGUGAUGGGGAACAGGACAUGGAGAGCCAGCAGCAGCAAGAGGUGGAGAAGUCAAAACAGAAGCGAGACGUCAAACCAGAGGACGAUGAGAUGGAGAUUGAGAGACGGAAGCUGCCGAAGCAUUAUGCUAACCAGCUCAUGCUGUCAGAGUGGCUGGUGGAUGUCCCGGCAGAGCUGGACUCUGAUUGGCUGAUGGUGGUGUGUCCCGUGGGGAAAAGAUCUCUCAUCGUUGCCUCCAAGGGUUCCACUGCGGCGUACACAAAAAGCGGCUACUGUGUGAACCGUUUCCCCUCCCUGCUGCCUGGUGGGAACCGACACAACUCGGCCAUGGGAAAAGAUUACACCAUCCUGGACUGUAUUUACAGCGAGGUGGACAGGACCUUCUACAUCCUGGACGUCAUGUGCUGGAGAGGCCACCCGGUCUACGACUGCCCGACCGAUUUCCGCUUCUACUGGCUGCAGUCCAAAGUCCAGGAGACAGAAGGUCUGUCAGAGAUCGCCAAACGCAACCCUUUCCGCUUCGUGAGCCUCCAGAGCACAGACUGCACGGCCUCAUCCAUCCACAAAGCUUUGGCAGCCGACUACAGCUUCAGUGUGGACGGGCUUCUCUUCUACCACCGCCAGACUCACUACACCCCCGGCAGCACCCCCCUGGUGGGCUGGCUCCGCCCCUACAUGGUCAGCGACAUCCUGGGUGUGGAGGUUCCCAGCAGACCUCUUACCGCCAAGCCGGAGUACGCGGCCCACCAGUUGCAGCAGAUCAUAGAGCACAAGAAGCCCUCCAGCCAGGUGCGGCCAGCCAGCCGGGACGGGGGCUACGAGCUGGAGCACCUGUCCACGCCUGACCAGGACGGCGGCCAUGCCCCUGAUUGCUUCAACCACAGGCCCAUCCAGGAAGCACACAUGGAGAGCUGAGAUGCAGCCCGUGUCCACCUUUUAGCAUUUUAAUCAGGCACCACCCAGGACAGCAUCUGAGUGCAUAGUCAUAAUUAUAUCUUCUGUCAUAUACUUAUAUGAAUUAUACAACAGAUGCAUCAAGUAGAAUAUUACUUAAACCACAUUGUUUAUCUUGUAAGCAAAAAGCUAAUACAAGUCAUUCAUGAAUUUGGAUGUGGACUUUUAUAAUGAAACCUUUUUUAACUGUGUAUUAAUAAAUGUUUUUUUUUAAUGA